UUAAUAAAGUCCUUAUAUUCUCUUGUACUAUGCUGACAAGCUACAUAGCAACUACAGUUUCAUCAGUUUCAUCUACAGUUAGAUCUACCAUGACGAUGGAGGAUUGUAGUAUAAGUGAAAGUCAAAAUGAAGUACCUGUUACUAGUGCAGUAUUGAUUAGUGUAUUGGGUGUAUUCCUCAUACUAUCACUAAUGAUUAAUGUUAUUACAUUAACUGUGUGUUACUGCAAGAGGAAAGGUAAGAAUGAUCAAAGUUCACAAGAGCAAGAACUAUUAUCAGUUAAUCCACAGUAUGAGAAUGUACAUCUACCAGUUCCACAAUCAGAACUAUCAAUGAAAGAAUGUGCUGCUUAUGGUAUAGUUGAAGCUACUAGAUUUUAACAAGAGUAGCUACUCUUGGUUUUAAAAAAUCAACUAUAUAAUUUUGAAGUAAAUUUGUACGGAUUUUAAAAAUUAUU